CACAGCUCUCGCCAGUGCCGGAAGAGUUAACACUCCCAAAAUGCCGCUAAAUGUUCCUGGUGCAGGUCAGUCUCCACCCUCCACCGGGGAUUAGGGAAAUCUGGCCGGGGAGCCGGGGCCGGCUCCUGCCAGCCCAGGGGCGGCUGCGGGGUGCGCUCGGGGAGGCAGCGGCGGGAUUGAAGCGCAGGCACAGCGUGCCGGAGCCGUCCCACCGGGGUCUGGCACGGCCAGGCGCUGCCUUCCAGCUCAGAAAAACACCGCCAGUUUAAAAAGCCUGGCUGUAAAACAGCAAGGAGGGAGGGCUGGGAGCCAUUGCUGGGCUGGGUGAGCCCCUUCAGGGGGACCAGGUGGGCACCCACCCUGCCAGGCAAGCCAGGGUGCGAUGCUGGCUGGUGAGUAGGGAUGAGCUGGGCGGACACAUAGCAGUGCUGGCACCCUGCUCCUGGGUGCGGGGCUGCCUUUGCCUGUGGUGCCAGCGGGCACCAAGAGGCGACUACAGGGUGAGGGGCUCCUAGACCAGCCCGGUCCCUGGCAGCCCCGCAGUGUGGGCCCCAUGUGUCUCCCUGCCAAUGGCCCUGUCCGAGUGGACCACAGGCUCUGGCUGUUCUCUCAUCCCGCAGGAAUUCAGCUCCGUGAGCCGGACGGUUUUUUUGGUGUGUGUCCGUCCCGUCCCCCCCCUCCUUUCACUCUCCCUCUUUGGAGACUUUCUGCAUUCUGCCUUUGAUCUCCCCCCAUGUUUGCCCAGCCGAUCGCUGGGCUCGCUGGGGUUAGAGGCUGAGGUCAGCGCCUUUCCCAUUCCAAACACCCAGAAACAUCAGUGGGAAGGGAGGGGAUUCAGAUUACAACCUUCCCGUCCUCCCCUUCCACCCCACUCGCCCCGCUCGCCGUGCCGGCAGGGAGCCGGGAUGGACUGAGCCCCUCUCACCAAGGGAUGCUGCUACCACCGUGUCCCUGGCGCCCCAAGAGCUGAGCGGUGGCAAUGGAUGGAGGUGGCGGGGAGCAUCGCCGGUGGUCUGGCUGGCGCUGGGCGUGCUGAAGGGCAGAGGUUUGGUCCUCUCCUCCUCCUCUUUGUCCCCCUGCCCACUCGCCUUCUCCGUCAUCCCCUCCAUCCUGAAUGUGAUUUAUCCCGAGCCCUCACCAGUGAGCCAGGCCAGUGGUGUGGGGUGGCCAGAUGCCUCCUCGCAGGAAUUUCGACUGCCCAGGCCAGGGCAAGCGAGCGGGUGGGCGGCAGCACGCAUCCAUGGGCAUCGCGCUCCUCUUGCCUUUGCUGGCAGCAGCAGCGGCUGGGCUGAGCCUGCAGCCAGGCAGGAUGCAGCACCUGGGGGUCUGCCCCAACCAGCUGAACCCCAACCUGUGGGUGGACGCUCAGAGCACCUGUGAGCGGGAGUGCCAGGCUGACCAGGACUGCGAAGGCUUCGAGAAAUGCUGCACCAACGUGUGCGGGCUGCGGAGCUGCGUGGCCGCCCGCUUCGCCGACAGCAGCCUGCCAGCACUGGCGCUGGCGCCGGCAGCCUCGUGUGAGAGCUUCGUGUGCACACAGCAGGGCUCCGACUGCGACAUCUGGGACGGGCAGCCUGUCUGCAAGUGCAAGGACCGCUGCGAGAAGGAGCCCAACUUCACCUGUGCCUCCGACGGCCUCACCUACUACAACAAGUGCUACAUGGACGCCGAGGCGUGCCUGCGUGGCACCCGCCUCACCACGGUCCCCUGCAAGCACAUCUUCACCUGGCCUGACACCAGCCCGGUGCCACAGGAGACGACGGCGCGCCCCACACCAGGAGCAGGCCCCGAGGUGCCGGUGCCCCCCGCCCUCUACAGCAACCCCUUCCACCAGUCGGUGCUUGCCGGCGGCACCGUCAGCUUCCGCUGCGAUGUCAGCGGGCGCCCACGGCCGGACAUCACCUGGGAGAAGCAGAGUGAGCGGGAGGAGAACUUCAUCAUGCGGCCAGACCAGAUGUAUGGCAACGUGGUGGUCACCAACAUCGGCCAGCUGGUCAUCUACAACGCCCGCCACGAGGACGCCGGCAUCUACACCUGCACAGCCAGGAAUGCUGCCGGGCUGCUCCGUGCUGACUUCCCGCUGUCAGUGGUCAGGCGGGAGCCAGGGGGGACCCCGCGGGCUGCCAGCCCCCAGCCCUUCCCCAGCGCCGAGUGCCUGAAGGAGCCAGACCGGCGGCGCUGUGAGGCCCUGGAGGUACGCUGGCACUUUGACGCCAAGCAGGGCUCCUGCCUCACCUUCCGCUACGGGGGCUGUGGGGCCAACAGGAACCAUUUUGAGACCUAUGAGGAGUGCCGGGCUGCCUGCCUGGGCAGCGCCCGCCCCACCUGCUUGCUGCCCAUGGUGCAGGGCCCCUGCCAGAACUGGGAACCCCGCUGGGCGUACAACCACCUGCUGAAGCAGUGCCACUCCUUUGUCUAUGGCGGCUGUGAGGGCAACACCAACAACUUUGAGAGCAAGGAGACCUGCGAGGAUGUCUGCCCCUUCCCCAAGAACCUGCAGUGCAAGGCUUGCCGCCUGAAGAGCAAGAUGGUGCUGAGCCUCUGCCGUAGCGACUUUGCCAUUGUGGGCCGGUUGAUGGAGAUUGUAGAGGACCAGGACUCCGGCAUCGCCCGCUUUGCCCUCGAGGAUGUCCUCAAGGAUGAAAAGAUGGGCCUCAAGUUCUUCAACAUCAAGUACCUGGAGGUGACCUUGACUGACAUGGACUGGAACUGCCCCUGUCCCAACAUGACGGCAGAGGAUGGGCCGCUCAUCAUCAUGGGCGAGGUUCACGAUGGCAUGGCCACACUGGACCCCAGCAGCUACGUCCGGGCGGCCAACGACAAACGGGUCAAGAAGAUCUACGAGCUGAUGGAGAAGAAAACCUGCGACCUCCUGAACCGCUUCCAGGACUAGGAGAGAGCCGGGACAUGCCGACAAUGGGGGGACCACAGACCCACCUUGGGGGCUGCAGACUGGAGGGUGGCCUGCACCGAUGUAUCUAGGGAUUACCACCAUCAUGUAGCCCCCACCCCUCCAUGCUGAGCCCCAGCCCAGUUCCUGCCUCCCUUGUAAUUUAUCUGCCGCACGCCCCCUCCCAGCACAGCCAGCACCAAUAAAGGAUGUGGUUGGGUUGCAGAGGGGUGGGAGGUCUGCCAGGACCCACCCCUCCCCCCCAAAAAAAGCCCCACAACUUUCCCACUACAUCAAA